AUGCUGCGCCGAAUAUGGGGCUUCCUGUUGCCCACAGUGGCUGGCCAGGAAGACGAAUCCGACCGCUUUUUUGAAGAGCUCUUCCGGAAGCUGGACCACCGCGAAAACGGCAUGGUGGACGUCACAGAACUGCAGAAAGAACUGGAAGCUAUGGGCCAGGACGAGGACGUGUUCAGGCCGCACAGAAUACUAUUAAAAUCUGUUGAUAUUAACGCAUGCAAUCUGUUGAAGCUUAACACAUUUAUGCAGUACUUUAAAGAUAAUGAGAAGAUAAUGAGGUUGAUUUUUAAGAGUUUGGACACAAAUAAUGAUGGAGUGAUUGAUACUUCAGAAAUUAUUGAUGCUCUCGACUUAAUAGGUAAAGAUAUAAACGGAAACUGCUUCCGAAUGCUUAUAUUUCGUAUUUGUUUUGUUAGAGAAUAUGGAAUUGAUAUGGGAGAAAGAUGGACUUUUCAUGAUUUAACUGAUGAAGAGAGAAGCUCUGGCUUGUUCGGGAAGUAUCUGUUGGCUGGAGGCAAAUCUGGUACUCGUGCUCGAAUACGCACAGCGCCAUUAGAACGUCUGAAAACCCUAACGCAGGUUUUAGAAGCAAAGAAUGUGAGGAUAAUAAAUGGUUUAAGAGAGAUGGUCAAAGAGGGUGGAGUCAUUUCUUUAUGGAGAGGAAAAUGUGUGAAUGUUCUCAAGAUUGCUCCUGAAACAGCUGUUAAAGUCUGGUCAUAUGAACAGUAUAAGAAGUUUCUUGCUUCUGAAGGAGUCAAAUUAGGAACUUUUGAGCAAUUUGCUUCUGCUUCUUUGGCUGGUGCUACUGCACAAUCUAUUUACCCCUUAGAGGUUUUAAAAACUAAUUUGGCUGUGAGUAGAACUGGACAGUACCCUGGGAUUUUGGAUUGUGCCAGGAAGGUCUGGAAGCUUGAAAGAGUUACCGGCUUUUACAAAGGCUAUGUUCCUAGUCUUCUGGCUGUCAAACUAUAUGUAGGCAUAGAUUUUACUAUUUAUGAGCUUUUGAAGACUUGUUGGCUAAACACUGAUACAGAAGACCCUGGGUUGCUGACUUUGAUGGGUUGUAAUGCCUUCUCUAACUUUUGUGGUCAGUUUUGCAGCUACCCCCUGCACCUAGUGAGAACUCGCAUGCAGGUUCAAGGAGCUCCAGUACAAUGCUAUAAUGAUAAUGGUAAGAGUGGACAUCUUUAUCUCAUUCCUACUCAGAAGAAAACUAUUCCAAUAUUUUACCAUUGA